GGAGACUCUAGUCAAUAAAGCUAUAAUGCUCCAAACACCUUCAUUAUUUGACUUCGAUCUGGACUAUAUCCCUUUCAAGUUCAUCCAUCUAUUAUCCUCCCGACCAUACCUCUCUGUCCCCCAUUUCCUCCAUGGCUCCAAAUCUCAAACUCUCAUGCCUCCUCUUCUCUCUCAUUUUCUUCAUCUCCAUCGCCAUUUCUGUUGCACAGCUCUGCAACCCAGCUGACAAAAAAGUCCUCCUCAACAUCAAAAAAGCCUUCAACAACCCCUACGUCCUCUCCUCUUGGGAUCCCAAACAGGACUGCUGUACCUGGUACUCUGUCGCCUGCCACCCGACCACCCACCGUGUCGUCUCCCUCAUCAUCCUCGCCGACGACAAAAUCUCCGGCCAAAUCCCACCGGAAGUCGGUGACCUGCCAUUCUUACAAACCCUCAUGCUCCACAAGCUGCCAAAUCUCAACGGACCCAUCCAACCCACCAUAGCCAAUCUCAGCCACCUCAAAUCCCUCGACCUCAGCUGGAACAAUCUCUCUGGCUCUCUCCCAAGCUUCCUCGGCUCCCUCAAAAAUCUCACCCUCCUCAACCUUUCCUUCAAUAAUCUCACCGGAACAAUCCCAAGUUCUCUCUCCCAGCUCCCGAAUCUCGGCUCUCUCCAUUUGGACAGAAACAAGUUAACAGGACAAAUCCCGGACUCUUUUGGGUACUUCGAGGGAGAGAUUCCUUACCUUUAUCUUUCCCACAACGAACUUUCCGGGAAACUUCCAGCUUCCUUGUCUAAAAUGGAUUUCAAUGUCAUUUCUUUGUCGAGAAACAGGCUUGAAGGCGGCGCGUGGAUGUUAUUUGGUGCAAACAAGACGACCCAGAUCGUUGAUUUGUCGAGGAAUCUGUUGGAGUUUAACUUGUCGGAGGUUGUGUUUCCCCGGAGCUUGACUACGCUGGAUCUUAACCAUAAUAAGAUCUUUGGGAGUAUUCCGGUGGCGAUGACGGAGCUGACUUUUCAGUUGAAUGUCAGUUAUAAUAGACUGUGCGGGCAGAUUCCAGUGGGCGGCCGCUUGCAGAGCUUUGAUUUGAGUUCCUAUUUUCAUAACAAGUGUUUGUGUGGGGCGCCUCUUAGUAGCUGCAAAAGAUGAAGGAUGUAUUUAAUAUUUAUAUACUUUGAUCUAUUGUCCAGUCAUCGACCCCAUUUAUCUAACGGAAGAAAAUAUUUUACACUCUCUCCUCAUUCCCCAUUUAAGAGAGGAAUUCCUCCUAUGAAUCACAAAUCUCUACACGGAAUGAUAUUGUCUACUUUGAAUAUAAA